AUGCGGCUACUUAGUCGGCCUACAGGGGGCCUCCGGCCAAAAAUUCUUACUACCCUUUGCUCCCUCGGCGGAAUUUCGAUUCCGACCGUUAUGCAGGCUAUGGGUUCACCCUUAGCAGAGCACAGGGUUAGCCGUUUAAACGGAACUAUACCGGCGCCCCCCGUCCUCAACAUAUCAAACAUCGCCAACAUCACUUUGCAAUUAAAACCCCCCGAAAGUCUUUUGGAGGAUCUCACGGGCUUGGCUGGUCCAGGGAAUGUUGAUCCCAAGGACAGCGCUGCAACCUCGCUAUUGUCAAAUACCACGCACAAUACGGCUGGACCUGGUCUUGAGGCUGUAUCUAAACAUCAUGAGAAUGGACCGGGAUAUGAUCAUGAUCAUCGCAAUAAUUGGUCAAGAAACCCGCUCAAUCCAAAUUACUUCUAUCGUGAGGGCAAGUUGUAUGUCCGGUGCCCCCCUGCCCACCAAGUUAUCCCCGAAAUCAUUGCCCUUAUCGAUCGAAUACCACCCCCCCAAUUUCCCGGUAUGAGAGACUCGGUCGUUAGUUACAACAUACAGCGGGUGCGAACGGAACUCUUACCAUCUGGAAAGUAUAAACCUAAUCAGGAAAAUAUCGUCAGCAAUUAUCAAAGCAGGUGUUUGAAAUGUGGGUGUGGUAGCGAUGGACGGAUCAAAAAGUACGAUAACGGCGGCAAUAAACAGGGAAAAAAACAAAUCGAGAAGUGCUACUGUUUUGCUACGCUAUACCAACCAAUCUACCGGGACAUACCAGGAGGAACGGAACUGAAAAUGUUCACCGAUAUGCUCAGUCGAAUCCCGAGAUCCGUCUAUAACCAUAUACACAAUAGAGGCUGGAGUUGGAGGCCCCCUGAUGAUCUUGCCGAGUACCCGGAACAACGCAUCGAUCCUGGACCUCGUGAAACGAGGGUCCUGGACAGUCUCGUAACCAGGGUCCUGGAGGACUCUGGAGAGAGGGAAGGCCUGCUUCCAGAAGAGCCUGUGGAUCUCGAGCUUGGAGACCUUGGCCUUGCCGGAGACCCUGGCCUUGCCGGAGACCUUGCCGGAGACCUUGCCGGAGACCUUGCCGAAAAUUAUGAAUUUAGUCUGAAUGUCGCUCCUUCAGAUGAACCGCCGUACUAUCUAUCGGGUCCGGAAAACGAAAUCCCUGUAGAUGAUCCCGGUGAAGGAUCCUCAACGGGCGCCUCUCGUUCAUAUAAUUCUUACGCGCCCGAUGACCCUUGGUUAGGAUGGGGAUACGGAUACGGAUAUGGAUUUGACUACGAUGGUAGUGGUGACUACUUUCCCCCAAACAAACGGGAUCUGUCCAUUCAAGAUAAAAAUUACCCAUAA